AUGUAUAUGUAUUUAGUGGACCAGAUUAAGCCUGAGACGACUACGCUCAUAAACUGUGACAACAUUCCGUGCCCUCUCAUCUUCAAGCCAGUAUGUGGCUCGGACGGGGAGAACUAUAGCAACGCGUGCGUUCUUGGGGCGGAGAACUGUAGAAGAGGUCCUGAUGACAAAAUCUUCAUCGAGCAUGAGGGCUUUUGUUCCCCUGGUCAGCCGGAGACGACGACAACAGUUCGUAGUUUUAGUACUUGA